AUGGAUGCUAGCCACAACAAUUCUGAGACUGAGCCAUUCGUCGCUGUAAGAAGACGUAACAUUCAUCGCACAGUGACUGUAGAACCUGCUGUGUUCUUUUUUAUGCUAGCUUACUCCACUGGACUUGCACUCAGAGUACAGUAUAUUCAGUUUGUUGUUUCCGAUAAUCAUAAUGUAACUGCAUCACUAUCUCCAACGGAAGGCGGGUUUUCAGACGUAAAUGGAUCAUGCGUGAAGUUAAAUGAAAGCAAUCCAAAAUACGAGACUAAUCUCGCAAUUCAGAGAGAAUCCUCUCAUUGGAUACUUUACCUGGAUGUUGUCAGUGCUGUGCUUUCGUUUCUCUCUGGUCCGAUAAUUGGUUCCUGGAGCGACAAGUCUGGACGUAAAUUAGCCUGCUGCAUCCCAACAGCUGGACUUGCAGUUUGCAACGCUGUUUACCUAAUCGUUUAUUAUUUACAUCUACCGCUUGAGUAUUUGUUUAUUGGGGAAAUCAUACGUGGAGGAACUGGUAAUUUCUUCACAACAUUGUCAGGUUUCUUUGCUUACAUUGCGGACAUCACCACAGAAAAGCAACGUACAUAUCGCAUCGUUAUUGUACAGUUCAUGUCUAUAAUCUCGGCUGGAUUGGGACAGAUUGGUAUUGGAUUUUGGUUAUCUUUGCAGGGGUUUGGACCUCCCUACAUGCUAACUAUCGCUCUGCUAUUAUGCACACUACUAUAUGUGGUGUUUUUGACAACCGAAACAAUACUGCCCGACCAUUCAACAAAAUUCACAGUAAAGCAACUAGUGAAAGAUAUUACCCUGCUUGUGAGAUUGAAAACCAAUGGGAGACAGUGGAGACUUGCAAUUCUUUCUGUGGAUAUAUUUAUCCUUAAUCUAAUAGUCAAUUCUGCAUUCAAUCUGACCGUACUACAUGUUAAAGACUAUCCAUUCUGCUGGUCGACUAUUCUGAUUGGCUACUUUGUUGCAGCUCAGCUGGUGCUCAACGCCCUGGGCAUGGUGAUUGGUGGAAAGCUUUUGUCAGUGUGUUUUUCUGAUUUGGGCAUGGUGCAAUCUGGUACAAUCUCCUACAUAGCGGCAUUGCUAAUCAUAGCAUUUUGCAAUAACCAUAUUUUGAUGUUUAUUGCUGCAAUUGCUGGUGCACUUAGCUUUCUUCCAAUCCCAGUACUAAGAGCAAGAUGUUCAAAAUUGGUCACGGAAUCUGAGCAAGGUACAUUAUUUGCUUGUAUUGGUUGCAUUGAGAGUUUAGCCAUGUGCUUUUCACCAAUAAUAUUCAACAAUAUCUACUCAGCAACGGUAUCAGCAUUCUCCGGAUCGGUAUUUUGUGUAAUGGCAGCAUGUCUGGUUAUCUCUCUAUGUCUCACCAUAGUGGUGCAACUGAAGGAACCCAGAUCUGGUUAUAUUGCUAUGCCUGACAAAAAUAUAAAUAAAGAUGAUCCUGUUGUCAACUAA